AUGAACCACCUCCCCCCACCCCUGGAAUCCCUCCUCGGCCGACUCCUCCGCUCCCAACGCGCCCACGACCCCAAACUCCUCACACGCCUCAGCCCAACCAUCCACUCCCUCCCGCCCACGCUCACCGUGCACAGUUAUUUGCUGAUCGUGGAGGAUCCCGACGCGCCGGUCCCGAAGCCCAUUGUGCAUGGGCUGUUUUAUGGCAUUCCGGCGGGGAGAGGCGGGGUGCCGGUGGCGGUGGAGGGGGGGGAUUUUGAGUUGGAUGGAAAUGGGGAGGGGGUGGCAGGGAGGUUGUUGAAGGGUGGGUUUCGUGUCGGUGUGAAUUGGCAUCGGAAUGUGUGGAGUGGGCCGAGGCCUGUGUUGGGGCAUGGGGUGCAUCGGUAUUUCUUUCAGGUUGUGGCGUUGGGGGGGGAGAUUGCUGGUGCUGGUGGGGAUGGGGAUGGGGAUGGGGUUGCAGGAGGGGGAAAGGCGCUGGGGAAGGAAGAGAUCUUGGAGAGGUUGGCGGGUUGUGGGGUUGUUGCUUGGGGGGAGUGGGUGGGGACGUUUGAGAGGAAGUGA